GCAGCGGUCGGCCGGCCUGAUUGACAGUCGGUGGCCGGCGCUGGACGGGGAGUGUGUGUCGACCGGCGCGGGCGAGCGGGCGAGCGCGGUGGACAGGCGGCGGCGCGCGGCGGGGCUCGGCACGCGGUGCUGACACCAGUGAAGCGCGCGCGAUUCCCGGACAUGGCGAGGCGCGCGGUGUGAGAUAGAGGGGGAGAGAGCGAGCGGCGCGCGACACGUGAUUCUGACCGGUCGCGGACUGAGCGCGAGCCACGGACACUGAGACAGCUGCCAGCAUGGCCGGCACUCGACCGGAGGAGUACGGGCUGGGCCAUUUCGGCGGCGCCAUGGACGGCAUGGCCGGCGCCAUGUACGACCCGCACGGCCAGCGAUCGCUGCACUCGCUGGGCAUGAGCCACUCGCCGGCACACAUGGCGCACGGCAUGCACGCCUACCAGGCGGCGGCGGCGGCCAACCACGUCUCACCGCCGUCCCACCACGUCAUGGGCGCCGCCAACGCCGUGCCGGACGCCCAGAAACGCGACAAGGACGCCAUAUACGCGCACCCGCUGUUCCCGUUGCUGGCCCUCAUUUUCGAGAAGUGCGAGCUGGCGACCUGCACGCCCCGCGACCCGGGCGUGGCCGGCGGUGACGUGUGCAGCUCCGAGUCGUUCAACGAGGACAUCGGCGUCUUCAGCAAACAGAUUCGAGCAGAAAAGCCAUACUACAAUCCUAACCCGGAGUUAGAUAGUCUAAUGGUGCAGGCCAUCCAGGUUCUGCGGUUUCAUCUGCUCGAAUUAGAAAAGGUUCACGAGCUGUGCGACAACUUCUGCCACCGCUACAUCAGCUGUUUGAAGGGCAAGAUGCCCAUAGACCUAGUGAUUGAUGAGCGGGACAGCGGCGGCGCGGCCGCCAAGCCCAGCGAGCACGGCCACGGUGACACCAACAACAACAGUGGCAACUCGCGCGCCUCGGCAGAGGCUAGCCAAGACGGCACCAGCACGCCCGACAUUCGGCCGCCCUCGUCGUCGCUGUCGUUCAGCGGUCAGGGUGCCGAGGACGUGCGCUCGCCGGGCUCCGGCGGCACGCCCGGCCCGCUCAGCCACCCUCCGGCGUCCACCCAGAGCGCCGACAACGGCAGCGAAGCAGGUGAGGCUGCCGGCCCAGAGCCGAGUCGACUGGACGUCACCGCACCGGGUGACGCCAGCAACGCCAGCAUAGGCAGCGGAGAGGGCACCGGAGAGGAGGAGGACGACUCGGGGAAGAAGAACCACAAAAAGAGGGGCAUCUUCCCCAAGGUCGCCACCAACAUCCUACGCGCCUGGCUGUUCCAGCACUUAACGCAUCCGUACCCGUCAGAAGACCAAAAGAAGCAGCUGGCGCAGGACACGGGCCUGACAAUACUGCAGGUCAACAAUUGGUUCAUCAACGCUCGGCGGCGCAUCGUCCAGCCCAUGAUUGACCAAUCAAAUCGCGCCGUGGGCUUCCCGGGCCCGGCAGCGGCCUACUCGCCAGAGGCGGCCAGCAUGGGCUACGUGAUGGACACGCACCAGCAGAUGCUGCACCGGACCGGCGACCCGUACCAGGACUACGCGGCGGCGGCCGCCUACCAGCAGCAGUACUACGGCCACCACCUGUAGCAGCCGCAGGUGGCCGCCCGGAUCUCUGCAGCGGUGUCGCCGGACAGCUGUGUUUCGCCGCCUCAUCGCUAGAUGGUGCUGAGCGCGGCGCGCCGCCGUGGCGACCAACUGCUUCACUGUGUGUUCAUCGGCCGCGUGGCUCGGUGGGCCGGCAAUGGUGUGCACCGUGCUGAUUGUGUGUGGUGGAGUGUGGGGCGGCAGCAAUAGGCGGCGUUCGCGGCGCCCUCGGUGCGCCGCGCCGCCGCUCCUGUAUGUUCAAUGUGAUGACGACUGUACAUAAUUUGUUACUGCGGACGGUAGCGCGCGGCUCGCUGCCAGCGGCCUCCGCCCGGCCGUGUGGCCCGUGUAGUGCUGAUACCCUUAUUUGUUGCUGCCGGCGGCGGCGGCGCCGCGUGCCGUCGCCAGUGGCCGGGAGCGUUUGUUUGGCGUGUGUGCCCCGCGCGGCAGUUGGGUUCCGGGCGCACGCCUCUGGGCAGGGGGUCCGUUUGACGUCACGCCGGACGCGCCCUGCGGCGCGUGGCCGGGGCGCCAGCGCCGCAGGUGCCUCCGUCCGCCGCGUACUGUAUAAUGGAAACAACAGGGUAUAUCAUUGUGCGUUCGGGCAUUUCUGUUCAUGCGGGCACCCCACACACACACACAUACACGCGGAAAGAGAGGGAGCGGGUGUGAGAGAGGGAGCGCCCGGUGCAGUGUGUCGGUUCUAGUGCGUAGUGUGUGCCCUCAUAUCGUGCCGUGGUGGCGGCCGGGCGCCGCCGCCGGCCCGCAGCCCGACUCCACUGGCUGGGUGGGCGCGUCUCGUAGCAUAUGAUCAAAAUCUCCCCGUCACCGCCUCUCCAGCGCUCCUCUCCGCCGCCGGCUACCCCAGCAGAGCGCUCCUCUCCGUUGCCGGAGCUACCCCAGCAGAGCGCUCCUCUCCGCCGACUUCUAACAACCCCCCAAAUUGGAACAACAGCGCACGUGCGCGCGCGCAGAAAUUCUACGCCUGUGACUCUGACUGUGCCACCUACGGCCGGCAUUUUACUGCGACCGCGACCCGAGCACGUCUGCACCGGUUCGGCGGCGACUCUCAGAUAUUAUUUCGACUAUAGGAAGCCGUACAGAAGCGCCGUGGCGCUGUGACCUCUCGGUGACUCUCCGAAUCGGACGAGCCGCAUUGUGGCAAUGUCAUAAUUCACGGUGCACUUGAGUACAUUGUUAACGUAUUCGGCGGCGUCCUCGCGUGAUGUGCGUCAAGCUAGGCUUCGGUUUCAAUAGUUCCUGCGUUUAUACCGUUUCUGAAAUGUGAUUUAUUUGCUAGCUAACAUGUGGGCUUACGUUUGGGUUGCGACUGAUGGAAGGCGCUGUGUGACUUUCUCCGUCGCCCAAGAGCCUGACGAAUUCAGUGACGGAAAUAUCGCCCCCGGCGCGACCUGAUCUUACGAUUCAUGUACAGCUUCAUUGACAGUGGUAUUUCAUGUACAAAACUAGCGUCUGUACCGACCUGUUGUCUGGAUUAGAAUGCAUUGUAUAUGGUUUUUGAAUGAGAACAUUACAGCUACUGAAUUGUGUAAAUGUA